ACCCAAAAAAAUAAAUAAAUAAAAAAGAAAUAAAAACUUUGAAUAAAAAAGGAAAAAAAAAAAGAAAAAAGAGAAGAAGAAGAAAAACCCAUUACGAAGCUAGCCAAGCUAGGGUGAGUUCGUUUGUACCAAAUAUAGAAGGUCCACAUUCAAUGAUGGAAUGCCGAAGCAAAAAACCCUAUACUGUUCUCUCUGCUCUAAGUCGAUCAGCCGCAAUACCUUUUACACUGCACUGAUAAAAAAAACAAAGCUGAUGAAAUCUGUUUAUCGUUCAUGGUCUGGGAAAGCAGCAAAUCACAACAAAUUACAAGGAGAAAGCAUCAUUGCAGUGGAGUUUAUUUGAGAAAAGAAAGAGUAUUAGAAAGGGCAACAUAGAAAAACCCCCAAAACACUUUACACUUCUCUCUCUCUCUACUUGGUUUAUAACCAAUGAUGAGUGACAUAAGAUGAUUACAAGUACUUCCAAAGAAGGAGAUAAUCUCCAACCAAGAGAAGAAGCAGGCAAUUCAACUCGUACUGAUCAUCAUGGCAAAGUCACAAAAGCUUUAUCAAAUUCAACUCCAUGGUUAAGGUUGAAGGAUCCAAGAAUUGUUAGAGUCUCUCGUGCUUUCGGAGGAAAAGAUAGACACAGCAAAGUCUGCACCAUCAGAGGAUUAAGAGACAGAAGAGUAAGGCUUUCCGUUCCAACCGCUAUUCAAUUGUAUGACCUUCAAGACAGGCUUGGUCUUAACCAACCAAGCAAGGUAGUUGACUGGUUGCUAAAUGCUGCUAAGCAAGAAAUUGAUGAACUCCCUCCAUUGCCUGUACCACCCGGGAACAUUGGCCUAAAUCACCACCAAUCCCUUCUCACUUCCCGCGAAGCAGGCGGCACUACUAUGCAAACCAAUGAAGAACAAGAAGGUUUUAGGAACAUGGUAGGCUGGGAAGGUUCAAGCAGAUUACCAAGAUCAAAUAAUUUUUGGAAUUCAGAUGCUCUUUGGAGGGCAAGGUCAAAAGAAGUAGUGGUUGCAAGAGAAAUGGCUAAUAAUAAUGAGAGAGAUAAAGCGGAACAAAACAACGAUCAAAACAAUCUGCUACAAAGAACCGGUAACCAUCCUUUCUUGCCAGGUUUGCUGAACAAUGCGGCGCCAUAUGGUUACCAUUGGGACCCUUCUUCUUCAAACUAUCUAGUACCACCGCCGCAUUUAGGAGGCCAUGGGUUCACACCACCUAGCCAAGCAGAUCAUCUCCAUAACUUGAACAUAAUGUCGGCACCGUCCACGCUGUCUCUGUCAACCGGGUCUCAGUUUUUGGUUUGCCCUCCACCGACCGGGAUUACUCAGCCCUAUUUUCCUAAUUCAAACAGUGCUGCCGCGGCUUCUGGGGAGAUUGAUGCAAGACAAGUGGUGAGCCAUUUUCAAAUGUUGAGCUCAACUAGUACUACUGAUACUGCUACUACUACUCCUAUAUACCCUAAUUGCCAGUCUAUGAGACCUUUCCAUUUCAGUGUGAAUUCUAAGCUUGUUCAUUCUCCAAACAGCAGUGGGAGUACUCAACCAAAUAAAUCCAGGGAGUUUUCUUCUAAGUGAUCACUGUUACAUAAAAAAGCUAUCCGAAGGAUUUUCAUAGCAAAAGUUUCCAUAUAGGCUCUUCCUUUUCAAGAAAUAAUGGGUGACAUCAGGAUCUUUUGUUUGCGUGAGAGAUCAGGGAAAGGUACUAAAAAUUGUUUGGAAUGUUAUAUAUAUUUUCUACCUUUUAUGUGCCAGCUGGGAUGCAUUCAAUCUAGCUUCUAUUUGGUUACGAUUCUUA